AUGACCAUCGACUUUAUCUCCUCCUUCGGUGGCCUGGACGAGCUCGUGCAGAUCAUAUACCAGGGCGCGCACCGCUUCGUGCUGCUCUCGACUGUCGACGACGAGAAAUGGACACUCCAUCUCGGCAUGUCUGGCCCCGAGGGGCGGUGGUGGCGCGGGAUAUGGGCUCAAGACGAUAUCCUCAGCCUCGUCGGAUCUAACCCAUCUGCCAUACUACUCGAUACAUUUGCAGAGAAGCUGGCAGACACGUUCACCAGCGGCGAUCUAUUCAUCUCGGGCUGGAAUCCAACGGAACGAGACGCCGAGAUCAAGGCAAAGGCCGCAUCACAUGCAACGGACGUGUUUCUCGAGAUCGCCCUGCAAGCAAAAUCCCGGAACCACCGGUUGAAUGCCCCUGCGUACUCCGCCACGUCGGCACGGGCGAUAUCGCCGCCAAGGCAUGCCUCCUCGAGGGACGUCGACUAUUCGACACCCUCUUCGCCUCCUGUUUCAUCCCCUAAGCUCGCUUCAUCGAAACCAGCGGUUCCACCUAACAAGGUUAGUACUAGCCAGAAGCACGCAUCUUCCUCGACGCCGGCGGACCCACCCACCAAGAAGCUAGCUACAUCCACGAAACCCCCCGCGCCAAAACGCCCAAUCAAAGGUGCUUCCCUCGCUAAUCCGAGUAAGAAGGCGAGGAAGUAUCAGGCACUCGAGUUCGCGAGCGAUGACGACGAAUGA